GACCUAGAGGAAUCCCCCAGAAUGAAGCUGAGUCUUACCAAGGUAGUUAAUGGCUGUCGCCUAGGAAAAAUAAAAAACCUGGGCAAAACAGGAGACCGCACCAUGGACAUUCCAGCCUGCCUUCUGUACACCAAGACCGGCUCUGCCCCACACCUGACCCAUCAGACACUGCAUGCUAUCCACGGGGUUCCUGCCAUGGCUCAGCUUACACUGUCCUCACUGGCAGAACACCAUGAGGUCUUGGCAGAAUAUAAGGAAGGAAUUGGAAAGUUCAUAGGCAUGCCAGAAUCACUCUUGUACUGUUCCCUGCAUGAUCCAGUCAGCCCCUGCCCAGCCGGUUAUGUAACGAACAAGUCUGUGUCGGUGUGGGGUGUUGGGGGACGAGUCGAAAUGACUGCUUCCAAGUUCAUGACAAUUCAGCAGGCCCUUCAGCCAGACUGGUUCCAGUGCCUCUCAGAUGGAGAGGCAUCUUGUGAGGAAGGAACUUCCAUAAAAAGAGCCAGAAAGUCUGUUGAUCGAUCACUUCUAUUCCUGGAUAAUUGUCUCCGGCUGCAGGAAGAGUCAGAGGUCCUUCGGAAAAGUACCAUCAUUGGUGUGAUUGAAGGUGGAGAUGUGAUGGAGGAGAGACUGAGGUCAGCACGAGAGACAGCCAAGCGGCCCGUAGGUGGCUUCCUUCUGGAUGGCUUUCAAGGGAAUCCCACAACCCUGGAAACUAGACUGUACUUGCUGUCAUCAGUCACUGCAGAGCUGCCGGAGGACAAACCCAGGCUCAUCUGUGGAGUCAGCCGACCAGAUGAGGUGCUCGAGUGUAUUGAAAGAGGAGUGGACUUAUUUGAGAGUUUCUUCCCUUAUCAAGUGACAGAGCGGGGAUGUGCCCUGACUUUCAGCUUUGAUUACCAGCCGAACCCUGAAGAGACGUUAUCACAACAAAAUGGGAUACAGGAAGAAAUAAAAUACACAGAUCAAACAAAGAAAAUUAAAACAACCAGUUGCAACCAAGAAAUUACAUCAUUUGAAAUUAAUCUGAAGGAAAAAAAGUACCAGGAGGACUUUGAUCCACUUGUGAGAGGGUGUUCCUGUUACUGCUGUAAGAAUCAUACUCGUGCGUACAUCCACCAUCUGCUGGUGACCAACGAGCUGUUGGCUGGAGUCCUGCUUAUGAUGCACAACUUUGAACACUAUUUUGGUUUUUUCCACUCCAUCCGGGAAGCACUAAGAAGUGACAGACUGGCACAGUUGAAAGAGCUCAUCCGCAGGCAAGCGUCUUGAGACCUGGCAUACACAAAUCAGACUUUUCACACUGAGACCGCCCCACUGUUGUCACACAGGAAGAAGAGAAGGAGAAACAAUCUUAGCUUUAAUUAUUUGUAUUUGAGAAUAAGGUGUACGCAAAUAAGGAAUGUUUGUAUCAAACUCUGCCUCCAUGAGAAAGGAGAUUUCUUAUAAAGACUUAAGUGACCCCAACUGAUCAGAAAGAAUUAAACCAUGACCUUUAAUAUUUCAAUGCUAACUUUUUUUUUUUUUUUUUUGAGAGAGAGAGAGAGAGAGAGCGCAUGUUUGCGCAUGUGGGGGCA